GCACGGAUGGCCGCACCCGCGCGGCACAGGCAAGCCCCGUCCAUCACUUCCCCCCUCCAUCCUCGCUUUGACGACUUCAGAAACGACCUACGGCGUCCACACACCAUCUGAAAGUCCGCUUCGCUGCAAAGCAGAGGCGUUUCCCCUGGGUACUUACUGCGCAUAGUCAUGUCAUUUCGGAUGGAUGGACAAGCUACUGCUGCACUACUUCACCUUGAGCUCAUGCUAUUAGAUGAAACCGUAGAACCUAAGGCUCUUCCAUUAUCACUUUUGGAAAGCAUCACAAAUGGUUUCUCUACUGAUCGGGAAAUUGGUAGAGGUGGCUAUGCGGUAGUUUACAAGGGAGUGCUUCAGAAUGGGACCGUGGCCGUGAAGAAGUUAUUUUUCAAUAUCCAUAUGGAUGAGAAUGAAUUCCAGCGAGAGGUUCAAUGUCUAAUGAAGGUGAAGCAUAAAAACAUUGUACGGUUUUUAGGGUAUUGUGCCGACACUCAAGGGAAUAUGGCAAAGUACAAUGGGAAGUUAGUCAUGGCGGAUGUACAACAAAGAUUACUCUGCUUUGAAUAUCUACCUAAAGGGAAUGUACACGAUUAUAUCACCGAUGCAUCUUCUAGACUUGAAUGGAGAACAUGCUAUAAAAUAAUAAAGGGAAUCUGCUGCGGUUUACACCACCUUCAUGACAAUCAUAUUGUUCAUCUAGAUCUCAAGCCCUCAAAUGUACUAUUAGAUGAACAUAUGGUGCCGAAAAUCGCUGACUUUGGUCUUUCUCGGUGCUUUGAGGAAAAUCAAAGUCAAACCAUUACUUCGAAAGUGGUUGGAUCACUGGGAUAUUUCGCACCAGAACUUUAUAGUGGAAAAAUCACAAUGAAAUCAGACAUUUAUAGUGUUGGUAUUUUAAUAAUAGAGAUGCUAACAGGAGAGAAGGGGUGUCCCGAUGUUGGAAAUGUACUUGCGAGUUGGAGUGGUCGGUUGGAAAAAUCACACGAAGACCAACAAUUGGAACAAGUACGAGUUUGCACUGAAAUAGGGAUAGAUUGCAGCGACUUCAACCCAGCAAAGAGGCCAGUUAGUUUACAAAAUAUUGUCAAAAGGCUUAAAGAAACAGAAACUACGGAUGAGGAGUCAAGUGACGUACCCAACGCCGUAUCUAGAAAGUUGUUUGUCCAUCCCCGCGUCCUCUACUUUGUCAGUGAACCCAACAAGCUGAGCUGGAGUUCAGUGUACCUUACAAACUACACAGAUGAACAUGUGGUAUUUAGGCUUUCCGAGAAGGAGAAGCAAACGUACUGGUUUUCCUUCUCCACUUAUGUUCCAUUGUACGGGAUUGUGCUGCCGAGGUCCACACACGCGCUUGCUUUGACAAUGAAAGAACAGGAAGAACAGUUCAGUACUCUGGUCCUGGAGAGCGCUAUAUUUGGGGGUGCGUCUAGCCCAAAGUUCCUAAACCCAUUGAGCCAGGAUGAAUGGCACGAGAUUUUCGAGGAAGCCAAAAUGAAUGCCAAGACGGUGCAGAGAAUGAUACUGGAAGCUGUUGCUACUGAUCAACGGGACAUAACGUCUGAGCUAAAGCCACCUCAAACAGAGAACUUAUAUUUGGAGCAACCAUUCAGCGGCGGUUGCCUAGAUGUGAACCCCGACAAGAAAUGGAUAAUAACUGGCAGUAGUGCAGGGAAUGUUCGAAUUUGGGACUAUCAGACACAGAGAAAAGUGGACUCGUUUAUAGUCUCCACCGAAAAAGGCACGAUAUUUUUUACUUCUCUGUUUUUCUUUAGUUUCUGUCUAGUUUUUGUGCUCUUCUGUGAUCAUAUACCGCGUUGGUUAUAAUAAUAUGAUUCUAUCUGCAGUUGUUUCCGUUAAAUUUAUUGUACGAAAAAAAUGGUUUGUGGCUGGGUCCGAAGAUAGUUUUAUUCAUGUCUACAACUACGAAACGAAAGUGCGCAGAAAUCUGAGUUUCAAAGCUCAUAUUCACCAACUGAAAUCACUGGCUGUUCAUCCAACCAAACCCUAUCUGCUGUCAUCGUGUUCUCAUGUCAUGAAGCUUUGGGAUUGGGAUAAAGGGUGGGAGCAUAUACAAACGUUCAAGAGUAAAUACCCGGGCUCUGUAUGGCAACUCGCGUUUAACCCAAAGAACACCAACUGUUUUGUCACUGCAUCAGACAAUCACAUCGUAGAGGUUUGGAGUCUUGAUUCCCCUCAAUCUGAAUGCACACUCUCUGGGCAUUCGGACGAAGUUAACUGCUUUGAUUUCUUCACGCGUGAUGAUCAGCAGUAUUUGAUUACGGGCUCUGAUGAUUGCACUGCGAAGAUAUGGAACAUGCACAGGAAAAGGUGUACUCAUACCCUACAUGCUUCCACGGGUGCCGUUACAUCUGUCUUAUUCUAUCCCAGUCUUCUGGUUCUAAUUAUAGGUUUGGAUAAUGGCACUGUUCAAUUGUGGAGCUCGACUCAUUUCAGAUUCGAGAGGGCUUUUGUUAUUGACAACUACUGUUGGGGCAGUGUGUGGGGUCUCGCAUGUUUCGUGAGGUCAAAAGGGUUUGUGAUAGGAGGAGGACGAACGUUAGCUCUGGUGGAUAUGGACAAUGUAAGUGAUCAGAAGGAAUCAAGCCAUUGCAGCGAGCCACGCAUGAGUCGUGAUAUGGGAGAAGGAGACACUUUUUCCCAGGUGA